AAAUCCAAGCUGGAAUGGUGCCCAACAGAGGCGAAAAUUAGUCUGCAGCUACUGAAGGCAGGGAGGAGGACAUAAAUUGUUUAAAACAAACCAAAAGCCAACAAAACAGGCUCAGAGAAAUGAUGUUAAAAGGCUUAGAUGUAACUCCUGAAUAGAAGUGACAGUCCAACGCGGUUCCGUUGGAAUGACUUCUCAGCGGUCUUGCCCUGCAGAUGAGUUCGGUAUCUACUAUGUCCUCGCAGAGUGUACAGAUUCCUAUGACACCCCUGCAGUGAACAAGGCUGAUGAGAACCAGCCUCAUUUACAGGGCGUGACUGGCCUGCGGAACUUGGGCAACACAUGCUACAUGAAUGCCAUCUUGCAGUGUCUCUGCAGCAUCUCGCCACUGGUGGAAUACUUCCUCUCCGGAAAGUACACUACUGCUCUUCAAAAGGAUUGCAGUGAGGUUGCCACUGCUUUUGCCUACUUGAUGACAGACAUGUGGCUUGGAGACUCAGACUGUGUCUCACCAGAAAUAUUUCGGUCAGCUCUUGGCAAUCUCUACCCAGCAUUUAUGAAAAAGAUACAACAAGAUGCUCAGGAAUUCUUGAUUUAUGUCCUAAACGAACUUCAUGAAGCUCUGAAAAAGUACCACCGAAGAAGAUCAUAUGAGAAAGGAUCUACUCUGAGAUGCUGCAGGAAGAUGAUUGCCAGUGAGACGUCCAUCAUCACCCAGCUGUUUGAAGGGCAGCUCAAUUACAGCAUCAUCUGUUUAAAGUGUGAGAACUGCACCUACAAGAACGAAAUCUUCACUGUCCUCUCCCUCCCCAUUCCAUCCGAAUACGAAUGCUCCCUUCAGGAUUGUCUCCAAUGUUUUUUUCAACAAGACACAUUGACCUGGAACAACCAAAUUCAUUGCUCCUUUUGUGAAACCAAGCAAGAAACAGCUAUGAGGACCAGUAUUUCCAAAGCACCAAAAAUAAUUAUUUUUCACUUAAAAAGGUUUGACAUUCAGGGUACAAUGAAAAGGAAACUGAGAACAGAUAUUCAUUACCCACUCACUAACUUGGACCUCACUCCUUACAUUUGUCCAAUAUUCCGGAAACAUCCUAAAUACAACCUCUGUGCAGUAGUGAACCACUUUGGUGAUCUGGAUGGUGGCCACUACACUGCUUUCUGCAAGAACUCAGUUACCCAGGCCUGGUAUAGCUUUGAUGACACACGAGUCAGUGAGAUUCCAGAUACUUCAGUUCAAACCACUACAGCAUAUCUCCUGUUCUACAGCUGCCAGCCCUUAUCUAUACCUAUACAAAAAUGCAAGAUCUAGGAAAAUGGUGAUUCCCAAACACUGCAAAACAAGCAAUCAAAAUCUGGUAGUGAAGUUUUGCUUAGUCAUUAAACUCUUACAACUCACUUGUAGCACUAACUUGUAUCACUUUUUAAAUCUUUCUGGCAUA